AUCACCGACACCCCUGACCAUCCCUUCCGACCUGAUUCUGGCCCGAUUUUUGGCAACAAAGCGCACCCGCAAAGGACCGCGCUCACUUUGGCGUGUCCUGCACUGCAUAGGCCUAUAUACCUUGCAUUCUCCCUGGGACUUUGCCGAUUGUUACGAUAACAUUUAAUAUGUCCCUCCACGGCGCCGGCAUGCCCGGUGCGGCGUCAGACGAUGCUGGCGCCCGCUUUAGCAAACCGCUUCCCUCGACCGCCACACCGGAUCGACCAAUAGCCGGAUUCAAUGCUCUGUCUGCGCCUUCUACCACCGCCAUGAGAGCUUCCUCUGAACAAUUCCUGCACCACGGCCCUUCCUCGUCCAGAGCCUCUUCGGCCUCCCGGCAGGCGCGCUCGUCAGCGGCCCACAGCGGCACCGAAGGACCCGGGAGGGCGUCUGACGGGUUGGACGCGCUCGACAAACAGAGAGAGCGUCUCUAUGGAAGCCCGCGCAGGAAGCGGCAGAGGAUAGAUGCCGACAGAUUCAUUCCCGCGCGGUCUGGCCGCGAUUUGCAGUCUGGAUACCAGUUGAUCCCGCCACCGCCGCGACCAGCCCCAGAGAGGGGUCGACCGAGAAGCCCACCGAGGGGAUAUCGCUCGCAAAAGAGCGAGGAGGCCGAUCAGACCUUCAGGGAGCUGCUGCGCACUGAGCUUUUUGAGGACACCGUACCGCAGACCUCGCCGAGAUGGACGCCGGAACACGAGCGGAUGCGCACGCCUCCCAGAGGCCCAGAUCCGGCGCUUCCGACGUCCUUGACCCCCUCAACUCCCCAGAAGAACCUGUUUUCGUACGUUUCCCCGCGCCACCAACACCUCGUCGGCCUCUCGACGCCCAGGAAGACGCCUCAGAGAGCACACAGCUUGCUGCCGGAUCCGCGCUUGGACACGUACAGCACGACGCCGAUAACCUACAACAGUCAGCAGAUGCUGCUCGCCCCGCGGCGCCAGCACAGGACAGUUAGCAAAGUACCGUUCAAGGUCCUAGAUGCGCCGAAUCUUGCCGAAGAUUUCUAUCUUAACUUGAUGGAUUGGGGCAGCUCGGAUGUUCUAGCCGUCGGUCUCGGUUCGGGCGUCUUCAUGUACAACGCGCAAAACGGGAAGGUCGCCAAGUUGUGCACGCUCGAGGAUGAUAAGGUCACCAGCGUCUCCUGGAUUCAAAAGGGAACCCAUAUUGCCAUCGGCACUAAGAAGGGCCUGGUGCAGAUAUGGGACGCUCAAAAAUUCAAGAGGAUGCGGACGAUGACAGGCCACACUGCGCGCGUUGGCUCGCUGGCGUGGAAUGCCCACAUCCUGUCCACCGGCUCGCGGGAUCGAACCAUCCUGCACCGCGACGUCCGGGCUCCGGAUCAGUGGGUGAAGCAAUUAAUCGGGCACAAACAGGAAGUUUGCGGCCUGAAAUGGAACUGCCAGGACGGCCAGCUGGCCAGCGGAUCAAACGACAACACGGUCCUGGUCUGGGACAAGCUCCAGGACCACAAGCCGCUCUGGACCUUCACCGAGCACAUUGCCGCCGUUAAGGCCCUUGCCUGGUCUCCUCAUCAGCGUGGCCUGUUGGCUUCGGGCGGCGGCACCGCCGACCGCCGUAUCAUUUUCCACGACACGGUCCGCGGCAACGUCCGCAACGACGUCGACACGGGUAGCCAAGUCUGCAACCUCAUGUGGUCCAAAAACUCAAACGAACUCGUCUCGACGCACGGGUACAUACAAAACAACCUAGUCAUCUGGAAGUACCCCUCCAUGUCGCGCGUCGCCAGCUUGACCGGCCACACCUACCGCGUGCUCUACCUGGCCAUGAGCCCCGACGGGACCCAGGUCGUCACCGGCGCGGGCGACGAGACCCUGCGCUUCUGGGAGGUCUUCAAACCGAAGCAGCCCGUCAGGCUGCUGGGCGGGAGCAUAGACCUUCCCGUCAUCCGCUAGAGAUGGGGCGGCCACUUCGCCGCGGAUUGUGGCGGUUGCCU